CAUAAUAUGAAAGGGAUAGUAAUAUUGUUCUAACGAAUAUAUGUCAUUUGACAGAAAGUUUGUUAUAAAGAAGUGGUUUUUCUAUUAUAUAGUAAGGGUAGCAGGCAGAUGAAUAAGAGUUAUCUGAAAGUUUCCCAUUUCGGUCUCAGACGCGUAAACGAAGUUGUUGAAAGUGGUACUUUGGAGACCAGUGUCGAAACAGCUCUCGAUGGGCCAUUUUGCAAAAUAAGAGAGAUUUAUAGAACAUAUUUAAGAAAAUAAAAACUAAAAGUGACUCCAAUUGGAUGGUCCCUGCGAAAAAGCCAACGACCUUUAUGAUAUUCGUCCAUAAGGAGAAACUAAAGAAAGGCUCGAAGCAUAUCGGCUGAUGCUGGCCAGUUUAAGAUUUCUUUUUAAAAGGUUAACGGGAUUUUGCUUUGCUCCUUGUUUCUUGAGGAAAUGUACCAAGAAAAAAGAUCAGACACUUGACGAUUACAAGAUCCUACAGCGAGUAAGCAUUAUUCUUUUUUCAAGGCAAGCUUAUUUGAUGUUUCUAUCAAUGAAACAUCUAUGAAAUUAUUCCAAAGCACAUUUCUAGUCUUCAUGUUGGAUGGACUUUUAAAAUUUGAGACAGACUAUUCCGGAUACCCCUGAAGCCAUACACAAACAAUUUAAUUGAUGUAAGGGAUUCUUACUAUCUGUUUCGACCAGUCUAAGCCAAAUUACGUCCCAAGUUGCGUUCAUGUUAAUCAAAUUGUCCCACUUGGACACAGAUUCAGCAGGUAUGAGGGAAAAGAAACCUCUUCCAAAGCAUAGUUGGAAAGGAUAUUUUCUUAUUUUUAUUCCUGUGAAUAUGGUCAACAGUCAAUUCAAUGUCCUCAUGUUCCUUUAUUGGAUGCUUCCACGAUCAAUCCCAAGAAAAAAGGUGUCUAAAAAACACUCCAUUGUUUUUAUAGAAAUCUCAAAAAAUGGUGUUUCUGGAAGAUUUUAGCAAAAGGCUUCAACGAACAGCAUAACAAGAUCGACCGAAAACGGGUAUUUAUUGUUCACCAAAAAGAAAUUUCGAAAGCCUUCUCUAAUUUAUUCACGACUAUUUUUACUUUUCUUCGUAUUUUUCUGUUACUCAACACCCUUCUUUCUUAACUAUGUAAUAACUUUCUGUGUUUACUAUUUGAACUUAGUGUGAAACAGUAAGUAUGGUCCACGUAAAUAUUUACCUUUUUUUUUAAAACAUUUCGUGUUAUUUAAAGCCAGCUUUUCUCCAUUGCAUUGUUUACUCAACGGUAAAGCUUUCAUUUCUUUCGUUUCAUGGUAAGCAAUUCUGUUGGCUUGUAAUAAACGCUCUUUUCGACAUACUUCCUGAGAGAAUAUCACUGCUGUACUGUUCACUAUACAAAAGUUAAAGAAUUUCAAGAGAUCUUUAUUUGUAUUACUUACUUAUAUAGAAAGAGGGUGCGUUCUUUGAGAAAAUCAAUCUUUGGUUGCUUCCUUAUUCUUCCAAAGCAUCUAUAAUCUUUUUACAGCAUUAUCCUUUUUUCAAUUGAAAGUUUCUCAGUCAUUGAUUUCUUGAAAGCAAAAUGAGCCGAUGGAUGAGACGUUCUCUUCCACGUCCGCCAGAUGAAGAAGAAGCAGCAGGUCUCACCACUGAACCGCCAAAUCGUGCUAGCCUAUUGAAGGUUCCAACUCUAAUGUACCAAAAUUCAGAUGGAUCUAGCCCUCAGUUAUCUGAAGCAGACGAAGAUGACAAAGAGUACAGACAUCUGAUUGCUUCUUCAGAAGCUCCCUCUAUAGAUGACUUUAGUAUAGAUGACUAUAUGGUUAAAGAAGGAGAAGAAUCUAGUCCUCCUUUUGAAGGAUACACGGCACAACCCAAUCCCAUCCAUUCGUAUACCCCGAAUAUAUCAAAUCAGCAACAACCUGAGCGACAACAGUCAAAGCAUGAACCUCGGCUAAAGCGAAAAAAGACUAUUCAGAGAGUAGAACUCUUCAGAGGAAACUUGGUAUUGGAUUGCCCUGUCCCCAAAAUGCUUCUUGCUAGUCUGCCUAAGCAGCAAGAUCGAGAAUUUUCCUACGUUCGUUACACGGCCGCCACUUGUGAGCCUCAAGAUUUUGUUAAGAAUUUAUUUACGCUUCGACAGCCAUUGUUUGCUCAGCCCCGGAAGACAGAGAUUUGCAUUGCCAUUACUAUGUUUAAUGAAGACGAAAUUUUAUUUGCACGUACAAUGCAUAGCAUUAUGAAAAACAUUUCUUACCUUUGUAAGAAAAGGAGCUCUCCAGUAUGGGGAGUAGAUGCUUGGAAAAAGGUGGUCGUUUGUAUAAUUUCCGAUGGCAGAACCAAUAUACAUCCAAAGACUUUGGCUUACUUGGCAUCCAUUGGAGUUUAUCAAGACGGGAUAGCCAAAAACAGAGUAAAUGAAAAGGAAGUUAAUGCUCAUAUAUAUGAGUAUACAACCCAAUUAUCCAUCGAUCCUAAUUUAAAAUUUAAAGGCUCCGAAAAAGGUAUAGUUCCUGUGCAGGUGGUUUUUUGUUUAAAGGAGAAAAAUAAACAGAAAAUUAACUCUCACCGAUGGUUUUUUCAAGCGCUUUGCCCAGUUCUGCAGCCAACUGUUUGCGUUUUAUUGGAUGUCGGUACACGACCAGGGGAUCAAUCCAUAUACCAUCUUUGGAAAUCAUUCGAUGUAAAUCCAAGAGUAGCCGGUGCAUGCGGUGAAGUUGUCACUAUGAAGGGGAAAUAUGGAUCUAGCAUGUUGAAUCCCUUAGUUGCUACCCAAAAUUUUGAAUAUAAAAUGAGUAACUUAUUGGACAAGCCUUUGGAAAGCGUACUCGGGUUUAUCUCUGUACUUCCGGGUGCCUUUAGCGCUUACCGGUUUGAAGCCCUUCAAAACGACGAAAAUGGUAAUGGCCCGCUGGAAAGCUAUUUUCGCGGAGAGUUACAAAAUGGUGAAUGUUCAGGGAUUUUUGAAGCGAAUAUGUAUUUGGCAGAAGAUCGUGUUUUAUGCUUUGAAUUAGUAUCGAAACGCCAUGAAGCUUGGACGUUGCACUAUGUCAAGUCUGCGUAUGCGGAUACCGAUGUCCCCGAUCGUGUACCUGAGUUCAUUUUACAAAGGAGACGUUGGUUAAAUGGAAGCUUUUUUGCUGCUAUUCAUUCUGUGUUUCAUUAUUAUCGGAUUUUUCAGAGUACUCAUACAUUUGGUCGAAAAGUUUUGCUAAUUGUCGAGUUUUUUUAUCUUUUUCUACACAUGUUGUAUUCAUGGUUUAAUGUCGGUAAUUUCUUUAUCAUCUUUUAUGUCCUAACGUCUAGCGUAGCCCCAAAAGAAGCAAAAUUCCCCCCUGGAGCUGUACUUGCAAAAGUAGUGAACUGGAUUUAUGGGGCUUUAUUGAUUCCUUGUUUUAUCCUGGCAUUGGGAAAUCGUCCACAUGGCUCGACAAUUUUUUAUACAACGACAAUGGUGCUGUAUGGUUUGUUAAUGUGCUAUCUAUUAUUUUGCUCUGCUUGGAUUGCAUAUCGAGGAAUUAUUCAUGCGAUUGAUGUUGCAAAAUACGAAAACUCAUCGGUUGGAUAUGCUUUAGCCAACAAUACUAUUUUCGUGAACAUAGUAGUGUCUUUAACUACGACAUACGGAAUGUAUGCACUAAUUUCUAUAAUUUCUUGCGAUCCCUGGCAUAUGCUGACAUCUUUUGUUCAAUACCUGAUUCUGUCGCCAAUGUACACAAACAUAUUAAGUGUUUACGCAUUUUGUAACACGCAUGAUGUGUCCUGGGGUACCAAAGGAGAACAUGCGGUCUCAAAUGAUUUGGGUAUUGCAAAAAGAAAUCCAAAGGGGACGGUCGUUGAAAUUGCGAUUCCCACGAAUGAAUCUGACAUCGAUGAUAUGUACGAAAAAUCUGUGCGCUUGCUAGCAAGUCCGGUUGACAAAACUCUCUUGUCUCCGGAUAUAUCAUUAAAGAAGCAGGAUUUUUAUAAAAACUUCAGAACAUUCAUUGUAUUGGCUUGGAUUUUUUCCAACCUGGCUCUGGUUGCGGUAGUCAUAAACUUGAACCAGACAAAAGGGAUUUCUAUUUCUAACAAUCAAACAAGCUAUUACUUAGCAUUUCUUUUCUGGAGUGUUGUUGCAUUUUCUGCAGUCCGUUUUGUAGGAUGCAUAGUCUAUUUAUUUCUACGAAUUGUUACAGGAGUAUAGCUUCUGUAAAAGAAGAAGUUGCUUAUUUCUUCCUAAUGUUACACAACCAUAAAAUGGUUUGAAUGAUUUAACCUAAAACUUUGUACAAUUAUAUGUUCCCUAUCCUCUAAUAUACUUUAAUUCUUAAUUUCUACUAUCUUUUGUUCGUUUUUUUAGCUACUCUCUUUAUAGCAUAGCAAUAACUGGAAGUGGUUUUAUUUACUCUUAAAAUCAAUUACUUUUUCUAAACAGAUUUGAUACUGUAUAAGCAACACUUAUUUUAGC